AUGAUGGUAACUCGAGCAUCUACAAAACAUAAACGAUUAAAUAAUACUACGGAAAAAAAAAAGAAAUGUAAAGCUUCCCGCUCACCAUCUGACAAACCAUCACAAUCAGUUACUAAACCUCAAUCUAUUACAACUUCAAUUCCUAUACACAAUAAUAUUAUCGAUAUGAACGAUGGCAGUUCACUCGAAAAAGAUCUGUCAGUAACUGACUGUCCAGAUCAAUCUCAACAUGAUCGUGCAUCUACUCCAAAGAAUAUAGUUAAUUGUGAUUCAAAGGAAUUAAAUAUUAAAAAAGGUCCACUCAGCUCCUCAACGAUUACUAAAAUUUCAACUACACCACAUGAUGAACUUAAUACAGCAGCUGCAUACAAAAUACUUGAAGCUGCUAUUUCAAGUUGUAAUCCAAUUGUUGAACGAAUUUCAAGCAUCACUGAUCGAAAUAUAUCUUCAUUUACGAGUAAUGGUGGUUCAGUUGCACUCGAUAUAGAUGAUGAUCAAGUUACUCUACCACCUUCAUUAUCACAAGUUACUCCAACAGCAAACCGAAUUAAUCUUUCUCAUAGCUCUCGAGUCAAUCGAUCUGAACCUCGUACUGAUAAACAUUUAUCACCAUCAACACUUGUACGAACUCCUGCUAAUCGUAUUCCAUUAUCUUCCAAUUCGACAACUCCAUCGAAUUGUAUGAGACAAAAAGGUAUUCAACAUUUUGGUAACAAUAAAUUUUCUAACAUCAAUCGAAAUACGUAUGAAUCAGCACAAAAUAAUAAACGUUCUUUGGCCAAUACUCAACCAGCUUCAACUGAUGAUAGAACUACAAGUCAAUCUACUAUUUCACUGUCAUCUACAAGCGCACUACUUGAAACAGUACCAGAAUAUCGAAAACUCAAAAAAGAAUUAGAACAGGAACGACAACGAUGUAGCAUAUGGAGUGACGACUAUAUGAAACUUAAAGCAGAAUUUGAAAAUUAUCGUUCUUCUUCAUUUCCACGUCCAACUGUGGAUGGGUUAAAUUUUCUGCUGCAACUGGUGGAAAAUUUAACUUCAGACACACCACUUGAUUCACGUUCUCCUAGCGAACUUGCUGAAGCAAUUGGUUUAACUGAAGAACAACUAAUGGAAUGUCGUCAUAGUAAUCCACAACGAGCUGCUUUAACAGUUUUUUCUGAACUAUAUCCCACGUAUAGUGAUCGUGCUGAAUUAAAAAGCAUAAAAACUUUUGCAAAAAAAAAACCAAAAUUACUCAAUGAUAUAUUUAUAUUUGCACGUCAAUGUAAUCCUUCGGUUAUUUAUUCUAUUGACAAAAUGCGUGAAGCUCUAGCUGGAUCAAUUCGUCAAGCUAAACACCAACUUAAACUCGAGAAUGUCAAACUGAAAUUAUCAAAUUUUGAUAAUUAUGAUAAUAAUGAUGAGAGCGAUGGCGAGGAAGAAGUUGAUUCAUCUAUAGCACAUAUUAUUAGCUAUACUUCUCAUCAACCGUUGGUUACGAAUCAUCGAGUACAACAAAUUCUAGCCUAUCAACGUAGCAUACACGGGCUAUUUUCUGGUUUUGGUUCAAGUAUUCAUCAACAUACUAUAUCAUCGUCUAUAUCUACCAGUACUGUUCGUUCAAACUUUUCAGAUCCUCUUGAUAAAAAUAUUGAUACGACUCAACAACACAUAAUCCCAUUUGAUUCAGAAGAUUUAGAUGACAAUGAUGGCGAUUGGCAAUCAAUAGCUUCUGAUACGGAAGAAAAUGAUGAUGAACCAUCUGACAACAACAAGAAGAUGCAAUCUGAUAGAAAUUUUCACAGUCAUAAAAGAAGUGGAUCCUCCUCGUCAUCAACAACAUCCACUAGUUCCGGUACAAGUUAUGAAGAUGAAGAAGAAGACAUCAAUUCGAAUAAUACUCGUAUGCAUACUAGUUUAGAAAUUGCUGUACUUCUUUCAUUAUUUCGACAUCGUCAUUCAUUAUCAAAAUCUUGUCUCAGCGAUAUGUGUCGUUUAUUACGUCUACUUGGCGUGCCAAAUGUCCCUGUUGAUUAUAGAUCGAUCUAUAAAUUAAUUAAUCCAUGUGGUAAUUCAAUGUUUCAACCGAAACUUACAGUUAUUUGUCCUACCUGCCAUAGAGUUAGUAUGAAUAUGAAAAAAUGUCCGAUAACACAUUGUACCAGUCAUGCCGGCUACAUUCGAGCACCGACUGUGAAUUAUACAUUUAAACUUCGUAAACAAAUUGAAUCUAUUUUAGAACGUGUACCUUUGACACGUAUUGAAACAAAUGAUGGUCAUAUGACUGAUGUCAUUGAUGGACUUGCGCACGCGCAUAUUCACAC